AGUACAGCACACAAGUGUCAGCAGAAUGUGUGUAUUUUAAAAUGACGAACUCAACAAUGGUGAUACAGUUCAGUAUGAAUUAGUUACAAAACCAUAAACCCAGUUGUAUGUUGUGUAUACACAUAAUACAACUGUGCCGUGAAUUAUAUAAGAGCUAAACGAAAUGAGCUCUCUCAAAUCCCUGCGUGGCAAGUGUGCCGUUGUGACUGGUAGCACAAGUGGAAUCGGGUGGGGAGUGGUUACACAGUUUGCUAAGGCCGGUUGUAGGAUAAUGUUGCACGGUCUUGAAAAGGAGUCUGAAAUAUCCAAUCUGAAGGAAGAAUUAGCAAAUUUAUCGCACGACAAAGUAGCAUACUCAUCUGCAGAUCUCGUCGAUCCUGAACAGUGCAAAGGACUUAUUUCCGAAGCAACAAGUCAACUGGGCAAAGUGGACAUUUUGGUGAACAACGCAGGGGUUCAGUUUACAGCACCAGUACAUGAAUUUCCGCCUGAAAAAUGGAACUGGUUGAUUUCUAUCAAUUUAAAUGCACCGUACCACUUAACUCGCUCCGUCAUUCCACAAAUGUAUGACCGGAAAUGGGGUCGACUGAUUCAUAUUGCCAGUGCACAUGGUAAAGUAGCAUCGCCGAAUAAAAGUGGUUAUUGUGCAUCGAAACACGGUGUGCUUGGUUUCUCCAAAUCGGUUGCACUUGAGUCAGCCGGCACCGGUGUCACUAGCAAUUGUAUUUGUCCUGGAUGGGUGUUGACGCCUCUUGUACAAAAACAAAUUGAGAAAAUUUCGAAGGAGAGACAGAUUUCGUUACACGACGCUAAAAUGCAACUCCUCUUGGAGAAGCAACCGAGUGGCGAGUUUGUCAAACCAGAAGAUUUGGGUGACUUUGCCGUGUUUCUCAGCACAGAUGCUGCUAGUCAAAUUACUGGCGCAUCUCUUUCCAUGGACGGAGGCUGGACAGCUCGUUAGAGUUAUAUGUUUUUGAUGAUUUGUACAUAUGCAUAACGAUAAU